AUGAAAUCUUCCAAUCUGCUCCAAUUGAGCGUCUUCGGCGCCUUGGGGGCUGCUGUGGCUGUCCAGUCGGGCGCUCCUUCCUGCGUCAAUCCGCCUUCAACCCUCGCGCUGAGCGAUCCGCCCUACAAGAAUUUCUUCUACUCCGACUGCAAUGUCGCUGCUCAGGCGGUCGUCACCAGCCCGCUGCCCGACAGCGACUUGAAGCAGAUCGGACCCGCCUAUACUGCGCCGUCUUCGAGUGGCAUGCCACCCAGUGUCGGCGUGCAGGGAGUCCUCCGCUUGAACGACUCCGCCGUCCUCACUCUCCCGAUCCUAGGAAGCAUUCGCACGAUCCGCGACUUCGUUGAGGGACCCAGCCUUCUUCAUCCCAUCAUCCAGGCUGCCAACAACUUCGCCCAGGACGGCACCGGCGCGCAGGUGUCGCGCCUUUGGCUGGACAAUGUCACCACUACGACUCUCCACUUCGCCCCGUGCGGUAGUUCCAAUACCAGUAAGGUUACGGUGGGCAAAGGCACACUGGACUUCACGAAGGGCGACUACCUCGUCACCGCGCAGAUGAACUACCCACAGAUGACGCAGCUGAAGCCUUCUGCGGUGCUAAACUCUCAGUCACGGGGACUGACCACGUUGGAUCCCGGAGAUACCAAAGCAGUGGCAUUCCUGUCAUACUCGGAGAAGCUACUCGCCGGUGCCUGGCGGUUCCUUACGUAUUUCGGCCGAGACUCGAUGAUCACAGCGCUGCUCAUGGAGCCGAUUCUGAGUCAGGGUAAUGGUAGCGCCAUGGAAGCCGUGCUGGGGGCUGUCUUGGAGCGAAUUAACCGCACCGACGGUAUGGUCUGCCAUGAAGAGACGAUCGGUGACUAUGCCACCUUCGUGAACAUGCAGCUGGGCAUUAACAAUAGCGACUUAGGCUGCACCUACGGCGCGAUUGAUUCCAGCUACUAUCUCCCAGUCUUGAUGCAGCGCUACUUUGUGCAGAGCCCUGUCGGGCAGCAGAGAUGGGCCAAGUUCUCUAAGACUCCAGCCGGCUCUAUUGAUACUCACAACCAGGGCCUAACAUGGGGAGACCUGGCUUUGCGAAACGCCGAGUAUAUCAUGAGCAAAACCGCGGCCUUCGUCACGGACCAGACCAAGGAGAACCUCCUCCAUCUUGAGGCGGAUCAACCUGUCGGCGAAUGGCGGGACAGCUUCUAUGGUAUCGGCGGUGGUCGUAUCCCUUAUGACGUGAACACGGCCCUGGCCCCGGCAGCCCUGCGCUCCAUCGCCACGCUCGCCCGCUCAGGAAUUUACCCGAUGGAGAAGAAAUGGAGCAAGCUUGCAGACACGUACGCGAAGGUGUGGGAGGACAAGACGCUGCAAUUCUUCCAGGUCACCAUUCCCCAGCAAGAAGCGCAGUCCCGCAUCGAACAGUACUCCAACCGCACGACGUUCGCCAUGCCAGACAAUCCUCAGGCAAUCGACUCGGACGUCGUUUUCCACGCCGUCUCGCUGGACGGCUACGAUAACUUGACUAAGGUGGAAGUGAUGAACACGGACGACUGCUUCCGUCACUUCCUGCUCAACACAACCAACGACGCCCAGCUGACCUCUUUUGUCAACCAAACAGCCUCGAACGUGCGCCGCACUUUCCCGGCGGGGCUGAUGACCGGCGCCAGCAUGGUCGUCGCCAACCCGGCCUACGGCCUGAACCCCGUCUAUGCCCAGAACUGGACCACCGGCGCCUACCACGGUACGGUUGUUUGGUCCUGGCCGCUGGCUAUGAUGGCCAAGGGCCUCGAGCUCCAGAUGGCGCGUUGCGACGGUUCUGCAUCUGCCCCGGCCUUCUGUUAUGACUCUUCGGUCUAUGACAAUGUCAAGGUUGCGUACAAUACCCUCUGGGAUUCUAUUGAUACGAACUCCAAGGAAGUCGCCGGUGAGGUCUGGUCGUGGCUGUAUAAGAACGGGCAGUUCCAGGUUAUGCCGCUGGGCGUUAUGCCGCCUCCGCCUGGUGUGGGUGGGCAGACUGAAUCGGACAUCCGUCAGCUCUGGUCCCUCGCCUUCAUGGCCGUGAAGCGCAACCUCUCUUACAAAUGA